UGGGACGUCGAGAUGGACGACGGCUUCGAAGGGCCGGAUGCCUACGUCGAGGGCGAUGAAGAUCAGGACGAGCUUGACAUCGAGUUCCAGGCCGAACAAGCAACGGAUGCUGCAGAAGGCGAAGAGUCCGCAGUGCAGAGCAUCAUGGGAGCUCUGUUUGACCUACAGGGAGGACAAUCUGCUACAGGCGGAGGUGAGGCCGGAAACGCACACUCCGAGGGCAAUGUCAGUGGGUUUACCAUCCGCGAGCUGACCCGGAUUCUGGGCAUGCGGUACGGUGGUCUGGGGAAUGUCAGGAUAGGACAGGAUGAAGAUGACGACGAGGAUGAAGAAGACGACGAGGACUACGUGACUUCCGCUACCAACAAUCGAUCAUGGUUUCCAGAAGUGAAGGAGCCCCAGAAAGCUGGUGCCGACCUGCUUAUGAGCGGCGAGUUUGGACGUACUGGCCAUAAAUUCAGAUCGGCACACGGUCGGAAACAGUCGAAUAUCUACAGAACCAUGAGGGAUAGAGCGGCGGUGCUACGGCCUCUCUAUCGGGCGGACCUGGCAUGCGACCUUGUCCCUAAUUCUAAUGGUACCGCCGUUGCCUCCUACGCCCACAAUGCGUAUUCGGGUCAAUUCUCAGACGAUUCUUCGUUCUAUUACACAUGCGUGCAAGACUUCAGCUUGAAUGUGUAUGACAUGACAGCGCCACCCACACCCGCCCUUCCGAACCGAGUACACCGCACCCGCCCGAGCAGAUAUAUGACGGAUAUGGACGAGGACCAUCGGACAACUAUGAAGGUAAUCAAUACAAUUCAGGGACAUCCUGGCCGUUGGACAAUUACCGACUCCCAUCUCAGUCCGGAUAACGAAAGGAUGAUAUAUGCAUCUAUUACACCCAUUGUUUAUAUGACCAACGUCCGGGAACCAGAGCCAGAACAGAUACCAUUGCGUUUCGGAGAUCCUCCUAGACGAUCACACUUAUGGGGAUUCGAUGAUGAGAGAUUCGGCAUAUGGUCAUGCAGAUUCUCCGCUGACGGAACAGAGGUCGUUGCUGGUGGAGAUGGCAAGAUAUUUGUAUAUGAUCUCAAGGCGGAUCGAAGGACAGUCAAGAUCGAAGCUCACCAAGACGAUGUCAAUAGUUGCUGUUGGGCUGACAGUGCUUCAGGCAAUAUUUUGAUCAGCGCAUCUGACGACACGUUCAUUAAAGUCUGGGAUAGGCGGUCGCUCGGCUCGUCGUACAAGCCGUCCGGUGUGUUAGUAGGUCACACUGAAGGUAUAACGAAUGUUGCUGCAAAGGGGGACGGUCGAUAUGUUAUAUCCAACGGCAAGGAUCAGGCACUGCGCCUUUGGGACUUGCGAAAGAUGAGGAGCAACGAGGAAUACGAGACUUUUGCAGAUAAGUUUUACGGGAACUCGCAGUACGACUAUCGGUAUGGUCACUAUCCAAGGCCACGACGCCUAGCACAUCCCCAAGACUGCAGUGUGAUGACAUACCGUGGGCAUGCCGUUUUGAAGACUCUGAUUAGGUGUCACUUUUCGCCUGCCGAGACUACCGGAUCGCAGUACAUCUACUCUGGCUCCGCUGACGGAAGAAUACAUAUCUGGUCUCUGGAUGGGCGUGUCAUUCAAGUCCUUGACAGAGCACAUACUCUUCCUAUGGCCUUCGAUCCUUCAGACAAGGAAUUGCCCCCUUCUGCUAGUGCUUAUCGGGAUCGUACAUGCGUCCGCGACGUUAGCUGGCAUUCCAAGGAGCCUGUUCUGAUGAGUGUUGGCUGGAACGGCGGUCGAGGUAGUAUUGUGGCAAGGCAUGAAUGGAAGGGUCUCACCAAGAUGGGUAACAACCUAGAAGACUGGACAGAAAGGCAACGGGAAGAAAGGGAUGAGCGAGCCAGGCGGCGGUCGGAACGCUACAAUAUUCCGGGUGCUUUCGAGAAUUCGGAUGAUUCCGACGAUUUAGAGGGAUUGGAGGACUAAGAAGGGAGUGUUUGCCUGAGCUCUCUGUUUGUGCUGUUUUUGCUUUACUGCUUGUAUCGUGAUGUUGUAUUAGAUGUACUGUAUAGUAUCGCUCGGACGGGCAAGCGUUUGGCUUGAGUGCUUGGCAUUAUUCACGCUGCUCCAAGGUUAGGG